AUGACAGCCAGAGGCUUGGAGGAUCUGGAUGGGGGCCUGGGCAGCUGCCUCCCCAGCGAUGAUUUCUCCUUACUGGAGGAGCCAAGCUCAGGCCGACGGCCAGAUGGCAAGGCACAAGGGGCAUCCAGGCUGGCCGACUCUAGUCGCUGGACACCCGUCCUCCAGGACCCAGUGACUGCCGGCACUGCAGAGAAAGAGCUCGUGGCCCAGGAGGGUCUGGGAACCGGCAAAGGGAUUCCUAAAGCUGGGACAAGCCCCCGGAGCGUUCCCGCACGCAGAAAGUUGCAGGCUGCCCCUCCCCUGAAGCCCCCGCCGCCACCACCACCGCCCAGGGACGACCUGCCUUGGGGAGACCUGACGCUCAACAAGUGCCUGGUGCUGGCCUCACUGGUGGCACUGCUGGGCUCGGCUGUCCAGCUCUGUCAGGACGCAGUGGCUGGGGAGGUGGCGGUGGAAGUCCCUCAGAAGUGGGUCCCCCCCAGUCCUCCACCCAAGAAACCAGAGGUGCCUGCGCCUAAGCCUCCACUCUUGGUGCCCCCAUCCGGGCCUCCUGAGCCACCCGGACCCCAGGUACAGAAGCAGGAAAAGCCUGAGGCUGCAGAAGCAGAAACCCAGAGGGAGCCUGGCGGGUCCACCACAGAGGCCUCUGGAGAGGAGUGCGCACCCCUUGGUGGCCGAGGGUCCCAGGAGAGGCCGAGGAAGAAGUCAAAGAAAGGAGAGAAGCUGAAGAAGGACAAACUGAGGAGGGAGAAGCCCAGGAAGGAGGAGAGGCAGUGGGUCACCAGGGAGCCCCGCCAAUCCCUGUCCCGGCGCUGGGAGGCACACGAAGGAGGCCAUCGGCCAUGGACGCUGUCCUCCAGGGAACUAGAGCAUGAGAAGCGGCAGGCCUGGGCUCCCCGGCGACGCCACGACCGUGACAACCGACCCAGACAGAAGCCCCGUGGGGGAAAGGGGCGCGAUUGAUCCUGCCCCUGUCCUCCUUGGUGAACCCCGUGUCCC